AUGAGUGACGUCGCCCCCAUCCGUGAUCCGCGCAAACCACGUUUCCCCGUCAUUGUAAAGCACCCGACGUUUGAUGACAUAAAGAAUAAUCUUAAUAUAGGUGACUACUCUCGAUGGUUUGGUAUCACUGCCUUCUCUUUUCCUGCUGGUUACGUCUUUGGAUUGAAACUACAUCGUCAUGUGGCUGUACCAUCUAUGGUAGUAACGGGUGUCCUUGGGUCCUUGGGAGGCUUUCUAUGGGCUUUUCAGAAUUCCUCCUUUCGUCUCCAGGGCUUGAAAGCUAAUCCAAUGGAAGUACAGCAGUACAUUAUUAAUGUGAAGAAUGAGUGA